AUGCAUCUCAUCUGGCAAGUCUUAGCUGCGACGUGCCUCUUCACUACAGCCCUUGCAAGCACGCCCGAGAACAUCUUCCAGCGAGCCGAGCGGAUACAACGCCAAGCGCUUGAACGACAUGCCCAUGCCCUUCACCAACGAAGCGCUCCUCCCCAGUACAGUCAUCAACGCCCUCGCUUCUUGACCGACAAGACGGCGCAAUUCGCAGUCGAUGGCAAAUCCGUGCCAGAUGUGAACUUCGACCUCGGAGAAUCCUAUGCCGGCCUCCUCCCCAUCUCUGACCACGCCAACGAGACGCGAAAGCUCUACUUCUGGUUCUUUCCCGGCUUCGACGCUUCGCGCAAAGAGGUAACGACUUGGUUCAAUGGCGGCCCGGGAUGUUCCAGCUUGGGAGGCCUCAUCACCGAGAACGGUCCGUUCACGUGGAUGCCGGGCACGUAUUCCCCGACGCAGAAUACGUACGACUGGAGAAACUUGACGAAUAUGCUCUGGGUGGAGCAGCCGAUCGGCGUUGGAUUUACCCAGGGCCGAUCCGACAUUACCAACGAGUACGAGCUUGCGGAGCAGUUUGUGGGGUUCUACGAACAGUUUGUGAAGACAUUCGACCUUGAAGGUUGGGAUGUCUAUCUGAAUGGAGAGAGCUAUGCUGGGUAGAUGUGGUCUUAAAAGAAAGACUUGACGACGAAGCGUGAGCUGAUUAGCGGCCUAUACAGCUAUUAUGUCACGUACGUCGCGAAUGAGUUCAUCCAGCGCGACUGUCCGCACAUGCCUCUCAAGGGCAUCGCAAUCAACGAUCCAAUCAUCGGAGGUCCAGAUGGAACCACCCAACUGGCUGCCACGAUCGUGCCAUUCGUGCAGUACUGGCAGAACGUUCUGAAUCUUAACGAGACCACUCUCACAAAUCUGUCCGCUCAACAUCAGCGGUGCGGCUACGCUCACUACCUGGAGAGAUAUCUGACCUUUCCCCCACCGCAGCAAAAGUUUCCCGAGCUUCCGAAUGCAUUCACUGCCAACAGCACCUGUGAUACUUUCGACACGAGCUUCCAUGCUAUCCUAGAGAUCAACCCCUGCGCCAGUGUCUAUCAUAUCACCGACUACUGUCCCUUUCUAUGGUCGGUUAAUGGACCUAUCAACCGGUGAGCAUUCUUCACCUGACUUGUGAUUUCCAGGCACUGAUGUAAGAUUUUAUUUUAGGGGAUAUGACCCAGCGCCCAAAACAAAAUACUUCAAUCGAACAGAUGUGAAGCGCGCCAUCCAUGCACCCCUCACGACCAACUGGAGCAUCUGCACGCACGAAAGCGUGUUCCAAGGGCCACAUGGAAACAAAACCGGCGAGGACCAGAGUAUUGGACCGGCUCAGAACGAUGUCCUCCAGACGGUCAUCGAGCACACCAACAACGUGAUCAUCGGAUGCGGCAACCUGGAUAUUCUGCUGGGCACCAACGGCACGCUUCUUGCGCUGCAGAACGUUACAUGGAACGGGAUGCAGGGCUUGCAACAGUUCCCCGGCAACGACUUCUACGUGCCUUACUAUCCGGCUUAUAACCCGGGCGCCGUCGCGGGUGGUGGUACUCUUGGGAAGUAUGGGACUGAGAGGGGUGUCACUUUCUAUCAGGUUCAACUUGCUGGACAUCAAGUGCCCGGGUACUCUCCUGGAGCCGCUUUUCGAGUGAUGGAGUUGCUACUGGGACGUAUCGAUAAUUUGGGUCAGAGAGGGUCCUUCUCGACUCAGAUGGGGAACAGCACUUAUCGCUGA